UCAGAGACAUAAUCAUGGCGAAUCGUCACCCUAUAUCGAGGAUUCUAGAAAAGUAUUUUGGCAAACAGACACCAUUAAGAUAGUAAGAAAGUAGUCAGAAUAACAGCUAUAAACAAACUGGUUGAUUUUGACCGAUUUUACGCUCAAUAUUCAUAUCACUGGAUUGAAAUUGAAGACUGAGAGCCAUAAGGAUUAACAAGUCCUAGAUUUCACCAACAUGGCAGACAAGGAAACCCCUGACAGUUUGAAUAACUCCCUGGAUGGGGAAUUUCCUCUCCAGGACCAGGACGAUGGGGAACUUAAUUUGUCAACAGGGAGUUCCAUCAGUGAUACAGAAACAGAGAAGAAGAAACUUAGGACAGAGUCCCCAAGUUCUCCUAGAAUCCCUCCUGCAUUUAUGGUUGCAGCAUCCCCUCCAAAGUUUCUAAGCUUUGAGCAGUUGAUGGAGGCAACUAAUGGAGUUAAAAACAUGGCACUGGCCCAUGAAAUCGCUGUCAACAAUGAAUUCAAGUUGGAAAAGUUCCAAGCACCUGAAGACAGCAUAGAAAAAAAAGUCAAGGACACAGUCAGGAGAGCAUUCUGGGAUGCUUUCCAGGAGAAAUUGAAUGAGGAUCCACCUGACUUUUCUCAUGCCCUAGUUCUGAUAGAGGAGAUCAAAGAGAACAUCAUGAUGCUUCUGUUGCCGCAGCAUGUGAGAUUCCGGGCCCAGAUCAAUGAGGUGCUUGACAUUGACUUGAUCAGACAGAAGCUUGAAAAUGAUGCCUUUGAUAUUUACUACUAUUCUAAUUAUAUUAUUGGGGUAAUGGAGAAACUGUGUGCACCUGUCCGGGAUGAACAAGUGGCAAAACUGAAAACAGUCAAAGAGGUUGUUCCACUUUUCCAGGAAAUUUUUGCUGUUUUGGAUUUGAUGAAGAUGGACAUGGCUAAUUUCACCAUUCAACAGAUCAGACCGUACUGCCAGCAGCAAUCUGUCGAGUACGAACGGAAAAAAUUCCAAGAUUUCCUCAAGUCACAACAAGAGGCAGGAAUUGAUGGACUGGAGUUCACAAAAGCCUGGCUGAAGAGAAGUCAUGAUAAAAUUACAGAUGUGGAUGCAGUAGAGGAAGCCAUGGCUUUGCCCUUAGCAACCCCUGCAGCCAUAAUGAAUGAGGCAUACAUUGAAUUACUGGACUGGGAUGAAAAGAACAUCAUUCCUGAGACUUUAGUAAUGGACCAUGCUAGAAUCGCAGAACAGAGGGACAAUGCUCACAGACUAGCCCUAAUUUCCUCUGUCCUUAUGGUUACAUAUAGUACAGUGGGAGCGUCCAUCUCAGGCGUCCAAGUCCUGAAAGAAAAGUUAAAGUCCGAGAUUUGUACCCUACUGGAAGGAGUUUUAGAGAGUGACCUCCCUAAGGUGAUGAGUAAUGUUGGAGAGCAGGUCAAUAAGUCAGUGAACGAGUUUCUAUCAUCUCACGGGUUCCAGACUCGAGACGAGGCCCAACAGAAGUUACUGGUUGGUCAGAUUACAGAAAUAUCCAGCAAGGACAAUAAAGUCUACAAGCUCCUAUUUAAAAGGCUGUUGGACUUCAUAAGACAAAUCAUUUCAUCACAACACAAAGAACCAUUAAAAGUUCCUCCCGGAUUCUCAGCAGUGGAAAGAGAACUUAGCCAAUUGUGUGGCCAGUUUUUGAGACUGAUUUCCUAUAACAGAUCUGUGUUUGGUUCCUACUAUACAGACAUUAUAAACACACUACUACAGAAACACAUGGCGGACUUGUCUCCAAGGUAACCUAUGAUGUCAACAUGUCAGGAAUGGUGCAUCAUGGGAUUUCAUAAUUUUGAGUUGCCUGAAUGUGAGUGAGAGAGAAAGCGCUUUCGUGAGAAGUCUCUGGACAAUAAUUCUUGCUAAAAGAAAAAAAAAAUUCUUUGGAUAUUUUCUCAGCUUUUCAUGUAAAUGUGCAGAAGUGUAUUAUUGUAAUGGAGUGUUUUUUUUUUUUUUUUUUUAAAUUGUUUUGUGUCAGUGUUACAUGAUGAAUGCAUUUUAAGGGAGAUAACCCUUUUGUCCAUUCUUCAGAAUAUAAAGAUCAUGUUUUAAACUGUUAUUAUGAGAUCUUAGAGGUAUUAGUAUAACUAGUGCUUAUAAUAUUGCAUAGUUCUUGUAUCAUUGUUUGUUUCUUCACCAAAAAAAUAAAAUAAUAAUAAUAAAAAAAAAACAAUAUUUGUGAGAAUUUUUGAUUUUGCAACUAUAGUGUGCUAUAUUCAAUUUGGCA